AUGGCGGUGGUAAAAUUGGUGAUGAAACCAUCCGCGUUGAAAACACUGGAAGCGCAGCCCUGCAAUGGCGUGGCAGUUUAUCUAAAUGGAAGCAUGCUGAAUCACUCAUGCUUCCCAACAGUCAACAGGCUGCCCUUCUCGUCCUGCUUGGUGGUCAGGGCAUCUCGCGAUCUUUUCCUGGGUGAGGAACUUGUUUGCGCCUAUACUGAAGUUCGAGCGCCUUUCUACAUUCGACAAGCAGAGCUGGAGUCAACCUGGGCAUUCAGGCUUCUUUGCUGUAUGUUUCGAUGUUACUCCAGUGAGUGGUGUUUGAGCCAGGCCGACCGUGUCGCUCGAUCAGCUUGGCGACGGUUUGAGCGCCGCCGAAAAGAUGGAACUUGCUCAGAGGAGGAGUUGCGCGAACUCGUCAACAGCACUGCAGACUCCACGAAGACUGCACUGGCUGAGUUUCUGGUUGCCAUCCAAGACAGAACGGAGGCAAGACUCAAAAAGACAAACCCUUUUUGUGUGAACUAUUGGCGAAGACACCUAUUAGCAAUGGCCUCCAACCUAAUGGCGAUGGCCUCCCAUCUAAUUGCGAUGUCCUCCAACCUACUUAGGAUGGCUUUUUACCGACUUCUCUUAGCUUCCUUCUGGGCCGCCCCAGCAUUUGAGCUGGCCUUUGGCCUCCAAGAGAGCCAACGCUACGAAGAGGCGCACCAGUUGUGGCUGGCCGUGCGUAAUGUCACAGCUGAGCUUCUCCCAUUCUCUCCCAGCCACACCGCUGCAGCCACAGAGGCCUCACUCUCUGCAAUGGCAGCUGAGAGCGUCGCUUGGGAAGAGCAUGUCCAGGAGAGCGUGAGAAUCUGUUGCGGCACAUAUGGCUCCGGGGCCUGGCUGCGGCUGGCGGCAGGGCGAUUGGAGCACUUGGCUAGCCCCACACGCAUGGGGCUUGAUGGGGCUUAUGGGGCGCGACUAGAAGCAUGCCUAGAGCCUAGGGAUGACAUGCAGAAGCUGGCUGAGCUGUUCAGGUCGUCAAUUGGAGGAAUGCGUUGCAAAUUGCGAACGGCUCAUCCAGGCUGGGACUGCCGGGAGCCACAGCAACCGGACAAGUGA